CAUAUAAAUACAAGGGGCAUUCGACUAGGCGUCAUUUAGCGUUACGACGCGAAGAACUGCAAGAUUGAAUCUGGUUAGAUUGUGUGACUACAGUCAAUAUGAAUCAGAUGUUACUAGUUUUCUUGGUGAGUGUUGUGGCACAUCAUUCACUCGCUCAACAAGAGAUAUACGAGGAGCCUGGACCAUGUUUUGGGUGUGUCAUGAGAAAUGGUAUUGGAUAUCUCCCAGGAGAUACAUGUGAGACGUAUGUACAGUGUCAAUUUACUGCAUCAGGUGUAUUACGUGCUUAUACCAACAGGAUUUGUGGAUUUGGAACUUUCUGGGACCGGUCUAUACUGACUUGUAACCACAUUAGCAGCCUAAGCUGUACUAAAGAUCCAUGUGCUGUAGCUGGAGCACCCGCGACCUACAAAUCAACUGGAAAUUGUUCUGAAUAUUAUCAAUGUAUUAACAAGGUAUCAACACCCCGCACAUGCCCAGAGGGACAAUCCUACAAUGAUGAUACGCGUGCCUGUCUUGAUGAUCCAAGCUGCAAAACAAAUAUUACCGACACCUGUGACCUGACAGCCAUCGCAAAUGAACCAUGCUACUAUAACCAGGAAUCCAAUGGAGACGUGUACAGACAACCUUGUGGGCCUGGUACCACUUAUGAUCAAGAUGCGUGUGGAUGUGUUCUGGCUGAUCCAUCAUCAUGCCCAGCAGUUUGUAAACACAUUGUGGACAUUGAUUUUAAUGGACCGGAACCAGGAGAAUAUGACAACUUCGGUGCUGUCAUUGAUAAUGGUGUGGCUUAUUUUAAUGGUAACAGUAGCGUCAAGAUACUUCGCCUGGCCAAUGCUGAUUUCCGGAAACGGAUCACGAUCCUGACGAGAUACAAACCUGAAUUUCCCGCCACUACAUUUGAACAAGCUGUAGUUGCUAAUGGUGACUGUAAUGAGGCCUCAACCGUUGCUAUUGUAGCUAAUGGCUCGGAUACCCAAUUCGUAGCGAAGUCUCCCCUUAGAUUAAAACAGCAAUUGACUACUGCCUCAUCUGGCGAAUGGCGAGAGGUGGUAUAUGAAAUCAAGUCUAAUACGUUUACUGGUAAAGAUGGCAGUGCUACUGAUUCCCAGGCUUUCGUUGGCAACUUAGAAGUGACCAUGUGUGCAUUCCAAGUCGGACACGGGGAGGGUUACCUGGAUUUCCGUGGCUGGGUGGAUUACGUAAGUUUGUCUUUAUGA